AUGGCCUACGAGGGUCCGGUCGUUGAUUACGGCCUGAAUGCUCCUCACGGACCUGAUGUCACAGGCCAUCAUCCUCCUUACGAACUUGCGGACGUCGACAUGACCCAUGUGGAGGCGGAGGUCUUCAAGCGGAUCUUGAAGCCCGACGACAGCUACGACGAAAACGGUGUUUAUUGGGCCGAUCUCCCCCUCCUCAAACGAGCCAAAUUCGUCACCAAAGUCGACAAUGCAGAGGCCAAACGGGAGUUCGGCGCGUUCUGGAAGAUGUUUAAAAACGACCCCUUGGCCCCCGUUGGCUUCUACUUCCGCAACAUGGUUCUCCCCGGUGCCGGGCUCGGUCUCGAAGGUUACGUGCUCUUUUCCAUCGGCAAUCUCAAGCCGUUAUUCCAAAAAGGAUUUGCCGAAUGUUGGGGCAAAGAAGCCAUUUGCAAUCCCACCUGGGUCAGUGCCGUCGACUACCUCGAGAUCUGCGGUAUCAUUGUCGGACAGAUCCUAGUUGGGUUCAUCGGUGACUGGGUCGGCCGUCGCUGGGGGUUGAUUCAGGAUGCCACCAUCAUGUUUAUCGGUCUGAUCAUGCUAACCGCCUCGUGGGGCGUCACCCAAAACGGUUGGGUCAUCUGCUACGCCUGGUCGCUCUUCUUCUACGGUAUCGGGGUGGGCGGCGAAUAUCCCAUGACUGCCACGUCGGGGAUGGAGAACGCCGUGGGAUCUGGCAAAAUCUCGACUCGUGACGACCGUCUUCAUCGAGGGCGGAAAGUCACCAGUGCGUUCUUGAUGCAGGGCUGGGGUCAGUUCUUCAACCAGGUCCUGCUCAUUUUGCUGCUGUUGAUCUUCCACCACGGUAGCGGCAACGCUCCGUAUUCCAAGGUUGCCGUCCAGUAUACCUACCGAGUCUCGUUCGCCAUCCCGGCCGUCGGCACUCUGUGGCUGGUCUACUGGCGUACCUUCAAGGUCAAGGCGAGCGCCAACAAACAGCUGCAAUACGCCAAGAAGAAGAACGCCGUGACAGGGUACGACACCGAGUCUUUGUCUCUGACGCUACGCUACUUCGGCGGCCGUCUGCUUGCCACCGCGGGGACGUGGUACAUGAACGAUGUCUUUUUCUACGGCAACAAGCUGUUCCAGAGCGAAUUCAUCAAGGUGAUCGUGCCCAACAGCGACUCCAUCAUGCCAGGCUGGCUGUACAACCUGAUCAACGUCGGCGUGUCUCUCUGCGGCUACUACCUGGCCAGUUUUCUGAUCGACAACAAAUUGUACGGGCGCAAACACAUGCAGACGGUGGGAUUCCUGAUGGAUUUCGUCUUGUUCGUCGUGCCGGCCUUCAACUUCGAGUACUACACGUCGGUCGCCCACAUCAAGGAGUUCCAGGCCAUGUACUUUUUGUCUUCCUUCUUCAACCAGUUCGGCCCCAACUCGGUCACCUUCAUCGCCGCCGCCGAAGUGUAUCCCGUUGCCGUGCGCGCCACGGCCCAUGGCUUCUCCGCUGCCGUCGGCAAGCUCGGCGCCCUGACCGCGUCGGUGCUCUACAACUACAUCGACACGCAGACGAAAUUCUACGUCGUUCCCUGGUUCGGCCUGGCCGGAGUGGUCCUCAACGUCGUCUUCAUGCCCGACACCACCGGUCUCGACCUUAAGGAGCAAGAGCGUCGGUGGGCCUUCAUCCGCGCCGGUCGCGAGAACGACUAUCACGGCAUCGCCAUCCACUCCAAACAUUUGAGUUUGUGGGAGCGGAUGCGCGGCGUCGGCAAGAACUAUGACGCCGACCUCGACUACAAGCAACGGAUCGAGGAGAUGCGGCUGGAGUGGGAGGAGAGCAUGGCCCAGAAGACUGCAGAGAAGGAACAGAACCACGACGACGCCUUUGACGAUGACUUCCACGCCGAUGUCAGCUCGUAUUUCAAGCGCUCUACGCGUUCUCCUAUGAUGCACGGCGCCGAAAACGAAAAGAUCCCUCCACAUGAUGGUUUGAACGGGGUGGAUGGUAACGGCAUAUAA